CCCAGUUCCUCGUCUCAGCAGCACACCCCCUUCCCAAGGAUACAAGCCCGGCCCCUUUUUGUACACCAGGUGCUCUCACCUGGCUCGCUGCGACAACUGGCGACGACAGCGUUCCGUCUUUGGUGGGAACCUUGCUCCUGGGCGUCUGCUUUGGGACAGCGUCUCGUACGCUCUGGCCUAAUGAAGCAUUAAUCACAAGGGACUCUCGUCCCAAAGUGAGCAUCAGGGCAGAGCCAAGACAGGAGUACGCCCCCUCUCCCCAGCCCGGCUUGUGACUCUGUUCUGAAUCCGUGGGCGUGCAUGACACAUGUCAUGACUUGACAUCGGCGGCAAACCCCUAUUCCGUCGACUGCCCGCCCGCCUUCUGUGAUCGAAGUCAUGCACCGCAGAGUCAAGGUGCUAGCACUCUCAAUGAGCCGGCCAUGGAGCGUAGAGGGCAUCCAGGCAAGCACCCGCUCACGACGCAGCAUGACAAAAAGUGCCAGGCCAUACCAUACCAUUGUAAGGACAGGAAAGAUGCUUGUGACAAUCUGGCAAUCAUCUACCGGCCUGGCCCUGCCCUGUGGACCUUCUGGCGGCUGCCUGGCCCUCGAUGUCUCCUCCACCACGGGUACUACCUCCCCCAUGAUCGGUGGCCAGGAAGAGCAACAAGUUCAGCAGCAAGGACUGGCAAGUGGCGGUGAUGGUGGUGAGCCACAUGCCAAACGGCCGCUUGGGCUUCGCAUGACAGGCCCAAUCAAGGCCCCCCAGGGUCGCUCUUGUUACUUACUGGUGGCAUUAUCGCCACUGGGGCAGCUGAGGCUCGUGCAAGCCUUGAAUGUGCGCACCCUAAUAUCUCGACGCUCGUUUUUGAGGUACUUUUAA